GAAAUCUUUCAGUCUAUUGAAUGUGUCUAAACAGCAGCAGCGGCGGCAGUAGAGAGACCGAGUGAGACUGACUUACUGAGACAGUAGAAAAUACACGAGAGAGAAGAAGAAGAAAAAUACACGCGGCUGAAAACAUCGAUUUGUAAAAGUUAUCAGAGUUUUAAAACCACUCUUCAUUAUGCAUUCGGACUGUAGGCUGGCAUGGACACAGUGGGAAUGGUGAGAGUUGAAUCGAACGGCGCAGGGCUGCUCUUCAUUUCAUCAUUCAUCAUCGUCCUGAAUACUGGAGCGAGCAGAGCACAGAAAGGUGAUGGCUGUGGGCACACACUUCUGGGCCCCAACAGCGGGACUCUGUCAUCAAUCAAUUACCCCCAGACUUACCCCAAUGGCACUGUGUGUGAAUGGGAGAUCAGAGUGAGACCUGGAGAAAGGGUUACAUUUAAGUUUGCAGACUUUGACAUUGAAGACUCAGAUUCUUGCCAUUUUAACUACUUGAGGAUAUACAAUGGCAUUGGUCCCACAAGGACUGAGAUAGGCAAAUACUGUGGACUGGGUGUGCAGUGGGACCAUCUGAUUGGCUCCGCAGGGAAUGAAGUCACUGUCCAGUUCAUGAGUGGUACACACGUUUCGGGCCGGGGCUUUCUUCUCUCCUACUCAACCACAGAUCAUCCAGAUUUGAUAACUUGCUUAGACAAAGGAAGCCACUUUACUGAGCCAGAGUUUAGCAAAUAUUGCCCUGCUGGAUGCUUGACUGCUUUUGGGGAGAUUUCAGGGACCAUUCCUCAUGGAUACAGAGAUUCGUCCCUGCUGUGUAGAGCAGGUAUUCAUGCUGGGGUCGUCUCCAAUGUCCUUGGUGGGCAGAUAAACGUUGUCAACAGCAAAGGCAUCCCAUACUACGAGGGCGCUCUCGCAAAUAAUGUCACGUCCAAAGUUGGUCCUCUUUCUGCCAGCCUCUUCACUUUUAAGACCAAUGGCUGCUAUGGGACUCUGGGGCUAGAGUCUGGAGUUGUCCGAAAUGCACAGAUCACAGCAUCCACAGUGCUUCAAUGGGACAACCUCAACGGGCAGCCAACUGUGUGGGGACCAGAGAGAGCCAGGCUGAAGAAACCUGGCCCUUCCUGGGCUGCCUUAGAUACCAAUGAAAACCAAUGGCUGCAAGUGGAUUUGAAGAAAGAGAAAAGAAUAACAGGCAUCACAACUACCGGAUCAACCAUGUCAGAUUACUACUUCUAUGUCUCUGGGUAUCGAGUGCUGUACAGUGAAGAUGGGAAGAAUUGGAAUGUGUUCAGGGAAGCCAAUGCAGACCAUGACAAGAUUUUUCAAGGAAACGUCAAUUACAUUCAGGAAGUUCGCAAUAACUUCAUCCCCCCUAUCGAGGCCCGGUAUAUCCGGAUUAACCCACUGCAGUGGCACCAAAAGAUUGCAAUGAAGGUGGAACUGCUGGGCUGUCAGCCAUCUUUAGGGAGGUCUCCUAUCCACAUCCCACUCCCCAAGAUCAUCACAGACUUUCCAUUGCAGUUAGACAAGACAACCUUCACCCCGGACUUGAGAAACACCACAGUGACUCCCAGUGGAACCAAAGAUGUGGCCUUGGCGGCAGUCCUAGUUCCUGUGUUGGUGAUGGGUCUCACUGCACUCAUUUUAGUCCUGGUUUGUGCAUGGCACUGGAGGAAUAGAAAGAAGACUGCUGAAGGGACCUAUGACUUGCCAUACUGGGAUGGGCCAGGCUGGUGGAAGGGAAUGAAGCAGUUCUUGCCAGCAAAGGGUCCAGAGGUGGAGGAAUCCCCUGUCCGAUACAGCAGCACUGAAGUGAGCCGCCUGAGAGCGUGUGAUGUGGGCCCCUUGUUACAGACGGCACCUGCAGAAUAUGCACAGCCUUUGGUAGGAGGAGUUGUGGGAACACUUCGCCAGCGAUCUACUUUCAAGCCUGGGGAGGGUGUUGACCCCAGCUAUGCGGACCCUGACCCCUACGAUGCACCGCUGCAGGAGAUAUACCAUGCUUAUGCAGAACCACUCCCGGCAUCAGGAGCGGAAUAUGCCACACCGAUCAUCAUGGACAUAUCCAGCCACCUGGCAGGAACUGUGAGCCAGCCACCCAUAUCCACCUUCAAAUCACCAGGCACUACACUUCUAUCCAGGACAGACAGCAGUGUUUCCACUGGGCAUGUGCAGUAUGAUACCCCCAAGGGGACCCUCAGUCCAGCCCCUGCUGCUGAGGAGCUGGUGUACCAGGUACCUCAGAGCAGUAUCCAGAAAGCGGUUGACAAUCGCUGACAGGUGUGCGUCUAGGGUGGGGGAGAAAAUUGUGAGUAAUGGAUGUUGAUCACUGAAGCCUAGGUCAUUUGUAAAGCACACUACCUUAUUUUAUAUUCACAGAUCAGUGGAUCUCACUUUCUUUAGGAAUGAGUAAGCCCUGAUCCAGUCCUACUGAACUGAAUGUUGGCCCAAGGGGAAGGUUACUGCUCAAUUUUUGUAUAGUCCUUUCUGGUGAAACUGUGAUGACAUUUUUUUUUUUUUUUUUUUUUUUUCUGCUUAGCUUUCGAAGAAUUUUCCAUUUAAUAUGGUCAACAUUUGCUUUUUUAAAAUGUAUUUUAAAAUCAAGGCAAGGUGGUGGUUUAUAUCCGUGCCAGCAGAUUUGGAAGUCACAACACAUAUAUAAAGUGGUCUCUCACGAUGGCAUUAAGUUUUAAAGUGUCUGCUGCUCUGAGAUGAGAAUAUAUCUUCUUUUCUGGCAAAAAUCCACCUUUUUCUUUUUUUUUUUUUAAACUGGCAACCGUCUUGUCUCAAUAUCCAAACUCAGACACAAUACAAGCAGUUGUCCUUAUUUGCUUUUUAAUAGAAAUUGUAUAGGGAUCCCUGUUCACUUCUUCUGUAAGCCGUGUAAUAUUUUAGUUGAUUUUUAGAGAUAAAGUACUACAUAGUAAAACUGAAAGAAAAAACUAAUGAACCUUUUAGAAGCUGUUAUGGUUUGGUUUGUUAGACCUUCAGCUGUGGCAUUAACUGGAAACUAAGUGUUUAGCUGUAGUGCUAAAUGAAGUAAUAAAGGUAAAGAGAGGAAAAACACAUCAGUACUUGCUAACAAGGACAGCUGCUUAAUAUAAGAAGCAUGUAAAUUACUCUGUGUUUUAUUACAUGCUUUGACUAACGGCUUCAUGUUUUAAAGAAAAUCAGUUUGCCAAUUGCAUAAUUCUUCCCAAUAUAGAAAGGCUAUUUCCCUACUAGAAUGCCCUCUUUUUUUUAAUUUGAAGACUAAGGCCGAAAGAUUGAAGUACUAUAUAUGUGUCUUUUUAUAUAGAAGUUAGACUCACGUUAAGUAUCUGUGUAAUAAUUUUAAUGAAUUUGUUUUGCACUGUUUUUCUAGCGAUUUUACUAUGUUGCCAGAAUUUUGCAUUCAUGACAUCUGUUUGAAGGCGGUACAGACUCAUUUUGUGGAAUUGGAUUUCCCCAUUGUCUGAUUUAAAAGUGAGAGAAAUGUUGUGUGUUGUCACUGCAAAACUCUCUGAUUGCACAUGCUUGUGCUUGUAGAGAUGAACUGACGCCUAGAUAUACUUUACUGCCUGUUACAUUCUCUCUGCAUACACAUAUAAACCUAAAACUUGUGGUUUACUUCACUUGAAUUAGAAAUGGUUUGCCAUGCAUAUUGCUAGACGGAAACCUUAGUUUUCUGUUCUUUGUGAGUAAUGCCCUGUUGCAACAUCAUUAAGAACUUAUGAAGUGGACAUUGGCCUGUGCCCUGUUUGUUCUGGUCUUGUUAAGUUUUACUUGUUUUUGUGUGUUUGGUAGACUUGAAAGGCACAUUAGCAUGGGUUUUGGGUGAAGUCUUUCAACAGAGUUGCAUUUUAUCUGUUGACUCCACACAACCAUCUUCAUUUUCGAAAUAUUGGGAUUUCAGGGAUCUCUAUAUAAUAUAAUACAGUACAAAAUACAUAUAUAGCAUCGUGCAUGAGCAAAUAUCUCAACGUUCUGUACAAGCAGAAUCUCUUGCAAAAAAGAAAGUCUUCACUCUAAAUUUGAAAAUGUGAAUAGUUCCUGCAACUGAAUGUAUUUGGCAAUAAACACCUCAUCUUCCAUCCACGCUAGAAGCUCUGUUGGAUAGUUUGGAGCAACCAGAUGUCUGGAAACAGCCAGGUUCAAGAGAAGGAGAAAAGGAUGUAACAGCAACAGGUGCUUUAAGAAGUUACUGUAGAAACUCUACUGAAUAUCUAGCAUGCAUAACAAUUAGGAUGUAUUUAUCUUCUGAUGUUUUAAUAAUUAACAAAGGUGUCAUGACAAGCCAAAGAAAGCAGUGCUGUGCAUGAAACUGUAAUUGUAACACCAUUCAAAUGUGUAAAAGUAUUUGGUACCAACAGAUGUCAAAGUGUCAUUUUGAGGAUUGAGAGCAAAGUGUGUUUUUGAGAACAGUAUUCUUUGCUAUUUUAAUUUUAAAUAUUAAUACUGUGAUUCUACAAAAACCCACAUAUAUUUUAAAACCGACAUAUAAACAUGCAUAUAAUCCCUUUGAGUAGAGAUACUCAACUGGCACUAGCAGCCUGAUUUCCAAAUAGGAACGUGGUUGCAAAAUAGAUUGGUAAGUCAUAUAAUCUAUUUUUUGUGUAUUUUAUGAAUAUAGCACAUUGUUCCUUUUAACUGUUAAAAUAAAACUGCAAAGGUUGAAUAUGGAAAAUAGAGAAUAUUCUUAAUGUUUAUAGUAUGUGAUUUGAUCUUAAGUAUUUUCACAGCCUGCUCUAUCAGUUGUCAAAGCAAUAUACCCUCCAGCGUAUUGUGACUUGGCAGAUCAGUUACAUUUGUUUGCAAUUUUCUGUAGGACUUUGAAAUGAAUGAAAGUUUGACUGUGCAUGUUAAUGAUGUGAAAUUAACACCAGGAUUAAAUAUGUGAUGUGCUGUUUAUCUGUGCACUGCAGACAAAAGGGCAAGAAACAAGAGCUGUGCUCAGUUGUAAUCUAGGAAACUGUUGCGUAGCCCAUGUUUAUUUAUGCACGGUUUUCAUAUUUUUCAAUAGAAGACACUGAUAUGAUUUGAUAGGAUAUUUGGGGAUUACAGAAGGAGUUAAGCACUAGAGUAUUUUUUUUAUUUAUUUAUUUUUUUGGUCAUGCCAGUGUAGUGGUUGCAUUAGCUUUUAAUGCAUGGACAAUUUGCAUUGUGCAUUUUAUGUUUGAUAUGAUGUCAACUGCCUAAGGUUCUUUGCAGUAAUCCAGCCACAUGUAAACAAGUAUAUUAUCAGAAAUUUUGUACAGUCACAAUUUUCAUGAACAUUCAGUUUCACUUUUUGUGCCUCCUUUUGGUUAAAAGUGCAACUGAAGACCGAUUUGUGAUUUCAGCUUUCCAGUGCAAAGAUUGUGUAAAAGCACAAUGACCUUACACAAAUUCAGAGGUGGAAUGUUUUGGUUUUAAUGGGGUUCUCUUGUGUAAACUGAGCUCAUGUUUAUAUAUAUAUAUAUAUAUAUAUAUAUAUAUAUAUAUAUAUAUAUAUAUAUAUAUAUAUAUAAAUCUCACAUGAAUGCAAGACAAAUAGAACAAUUGUGACACUUUGAAAGGCAGUAUCAUAUGAACUGACAUUUGAUUGUGUGCUAAAUUCAUUAUUUUAUCAAGUCCGAAGUAGUCUAUAAUAUAAUUUUAAGCAGCAGUGGUGUUUUAAAGUAAUUCAUUUACUUACAGAGCCAAAAAGCUUUUAACCAGAGUCAUUUGCUUUUUUCCUCUCAUGAUCCUAAAGCAUCAUAAAAUCAGAAUGAAGAGAGUACUGGCCAGCUUUUUAACAUGAAUCCCCUAAAUGUGCAUUAGUACAUUUGUCACUGGAUUUUUCGUUUUGAUUGUAUUUGAGGAAUCUGUUUCAGGUAAUGGCUAAUCUUUCUUUUCAUUUGGUCCAUUCCUUAGUGCAGUGAGCACUUAGUGUACUACCGUCUGUUAUGUGCUGAAUGGAAAUCAAGCAGUAGUUUGUAAAAGAGGGUGUGACCUAGAUUAGAGUACCUUUGUUUGUUUUUGCAUUUGGAUGUUUCAGUCUUUGCAAAUGGUUAGGGUGCAAAUAUAUUUUUUUCUUUUUUUUUGUGGUCUUCUAACUGUGGUUGGUUGAAAAACAGUGAGCACAGAAGUAAAGUCAGUACAAAGUGAAAUGUAAAAAGCGUCACCUGACACCGUUCAGUUAUUGGUGAAUCUCUCCCAGAAUGUAUCUCGUCUUACCUCACAUGUACUGCAGUCAAUCCCUAUUUGUAUAUGUUGGUGGAAUUUAGAUUGUAUAGAGAGAAGUUUUAAAUGUACGUGUUUUAAUAAAAAUGUAAAGGAAAUAAAUUUGAUUUGCCUUGAUUUGCCUUUUAAAGUAGUUUUCUCCACUGGUAACCAUGUUUAAGCAAUGUGCCCUUCACACACUGUACUUGAUGUAGACUGUUGGAAAUGAAUGUACUGCUAUGAAAUCAGGCUAAGUGUCUAAUUUACUGAAAGGAACAUUUUCUUAGAGACAUCCAAGUAAUAACGCUUAGUUUUGUAUAUGCCCAAUUCAUCUGUUACAUAACUCUGUAUUUGAGGAAUUCUCUUUAAGUCUUACAGCUUUUGUAGGAUGUCAUUGUGCCCUCAGGGAAGCAGUCAUGUCUGAAAUGUAAUUAUUCAGUCUGUGUUCAAUUGUUAACAAUAAAUCACAUUG